AUGACCUGUCUCUUGUGCAUCUUUACGGACUACCUCACGGGUGUGUUGAAAGGAGACCACUUGGUCAACAAUAAAGCCGCGCGGAGGACCAGCGAGCUCUCGCUACUCGCCCGUUUCCUUCCGGUCGUUGGAACAAAAACGGCUCCUUGCCCAGUCCCGCCCCUCUCCCGUCCCCUCCCCCGUCCCCGCCCCCCCGCACCCCCUCCCAGUGACAGGACGCGGAGCCGAUCGAUCGGCCGAGGGCGAGCCUGUGGCCGCCGAGCUGUCCGUACUGGGGAGAGAGGUCCCCGCCCCGAGUCAGUCACCUCCAGCUCGCAGCUCCGGGCGCCCGCUACGUGGCGGCUCGUGAUCAGGAUUUGGAAGCCCUAUCUCCCAAAGGGGCAUUUAAAAGACCAGGUCAUGGCAAAUGAGCUUCUUCCACCCAGGCCUCAGGGCCGAACACUGGGAUUAUCGCUGGGCUGCCGCAGGAAUAUGUUUCAGGCAUCUAUGAUGUUUGAAGAUGUGGCUGUGUAUCUCACCCGGGAGGAGUGGAGCCAUCUGGGUCCUGCUCAGAGAAACCUCUACAAGGAUGUGAUGCUAGAGAAUUAUGGGAAUGUGGUCUCUCUGGGAUUUCCAGUAUCCAAACCGAAUGUGAUCUCCCAGAUAGAACGAGGGGAAGAGCCAUGGAUCCUAGACAUUCCAGAAGUUGAGGAGAGAGAGAUGCUGAGAGGCGACUGUUCAGAUUGUGAAUUGAGGACUGAGAAAAAUGAGCUGUCUCCAAAGCAGGAAAUUUCUGAAGAGGUGGAACCACAAUGGGCAAUACUGGAAAGACUCACAGGGAAUGUUUCUGAAGGAUCCAAAUGGGGAGAAGUCUGUGAAUACGAAGGAAGACCAAAGGAAAAUUGGGGAUCUUCUGUAGGAAGGAAGCUCCUUUCUCAUGAGGGAGGUUUCAGGACAGUUCCAGUGUUCCACCAGCUGUCUCCAACAGGAGUGAGAGGUCAAGAAUGUAAUGAAUUUGGAAGAAACUUCAGGCUAACUUCUAAUUCUGAUCCGUUUCAGAGAGAUCUUUCGGGAGGGCGACUACGGCAAUGGGAUGAAAUGGGCCAAAGAUUCAAACAAAAUUCAGAUUUAAUUAAAUAUCAGAAAGACUAUGCACAAGAGAAACCUUGUGAUAAUACUGUAUAUUGGAAACAAUUUGGACAGAGUUCAAAUCUUAUUGAACAUCAAAAAAUUCACACUAGAGAGGAAACUUAUGAGUGUAAUGAAUAUGGGAAACACUUUAUCAGAAGGUCUUUGCUUAUACAACAUCAGGGAAUUCAUACAGGAGCAAAAACAUAUGAGUGUAGUGAAUGUGGAAAUACCUAUAGUAAGAAGUCUCUUCUUAAUGAUCACCAGAAAAUUCACAAUGCAGGGAAACACUAUCAGUGUAAUGUAUGUGGAAAAGCCUACAAUAAGAAGUCUACCUUUGUUGAUCAUCAAAAAAUUCACACUGGAGAAAAACCCUAUGAGUGUAGUGAAUGUCAUAAAUGCUUUAUCAGAAAGUCUCUGCUUAUUCGACAUCAGAGAAUUCACACAGGAGAGAAACCGUAUGAAUGUACUGAAUGUGGGAAAGCCUGCAGUCAAAAGUCUGCUCUUCUUGAUCAUCAAAGACUUCACACAGGUGAAAAACCCUAUGAAUGCAGCGAAUGUGGUAAGCACUAUAUUAGAAAGGCUUUGCUUAUUGAACACCAGAGAAUUCAUACGGGAGAAAAACCCUAUAAGUGUAAUGAAUGUGGGAAAGCCUAUAGAAAAAAGUCUACUCUUGUGGAUCACCAGAGACUUCAUACUGGAGAGCGAUCCUAUGAAUGUAAUGAAUGUGGUAAAAUCUUUACCCAAAGCCUAAAUUUCAUUCAGCAUCAGAGAAUUCACACAGGAGAGAAACCCUAUCAGUGUAGUGAUUGUGGAAAACCAUUCAGUCAUAGAUCUGCCCUUAUUCAGCAUCAGAGAAUUCAUACCGGAGAGAAACCCUAUGAGUGUAAUGAAUGUGGUAAAGCCUACUGGAGGAAGUCUACCCUUAUUGAUCAUCAAAGACUUCACACUGGAGAGAUACCUUAUAAAUGUAGUACAUGUGGGAAGGCUUUCAGACACAGGCCAUCUUUUAUUGAACAUCAGAAAUUACAUAAUGGAGGCAAACACCAUGAGUGUAAUGAAUGCAAAAAACAAUUCAGUACACGAGCAUCUCUUAUUCAACAUCAGAGACUUCAUACUGGAGAGAAACCUCAUGAAUGUAAUGAAUGUGGAAAAGCUUUCAGUCAGAAGUCUACACUUAUUGAUCACCAGAGACGUCAUAGUGGGGAAAAACCCUAUGAGUGUAGUGAAUGUGGCAAAUGCUUUAUCAGAAGAGCUUUCCUUAUUCAGCACCAGAGAGUUCACACGGGAGAGAAACCCUAUGAAUGUAAGGAAUGUGGGAAAGCCUAUAGAAAGAAGUCUACCCUUACUAGUCACCAGAAAAUUCACACUGAAAAGAAGCAAGAGUUAAUUAAUAUUGAAAAGCCCUCACUCUUGAAGCCUGCUCUUAUUGAUCACCAGUGACUUCAUAUUGGAGAGAAGUCCCAUACAUUUAACAAUGUAAAUAGCUCAUUUGAAGGACUCUGCUUAUUCUUCAGAGAAUUUAUGUAAAAAACCUUAUGAAAACAAUGUAGUAAACACUUAAAAACAUUCGCUUAUUCCGCAUCAUAGAAUUCACACUGGAGAGAAUUUCUAUGAUCAUGGAAUGUUGGGAAACUUUCAAUCAUACUUUCAACCUCAUUAGACAUAAAAUAAUUCUCACAGGAGAGAAGUUUAGUGUGUGUAUAGGAGAAACCCAGUACAUGCCUAUAUGGUGGGAAAUCCUUAAGUGAAUCUGCAUACUGUCAUGAACAUUUGAAAAUUCAGAAUGGAGGGGACCAUUUGAGGGUAGUGAAUAUGAGAAGCUUUAAAACCUUCAGUCAGAAACCUUCCCUUGUUCAACAUCAUAGAAGUCCUAUUGGAGAGAAAUAUAAUCAUGAAUGCUGUGAAUCUGGAGAGGCUUUCAGGUCCAAGCUAUCAUUGAACACCAGACAAUGCAUACUUUAUGGAUUUGUGGUUACUUCUGCUCAUGCAGACUGAGACUUCUCCAUACUUUCUCAUCUAUGUUCUUCCACAAAUCUUCCAAAGAGUAGCCACCCAUUGUACUGGGGGUUUUCCUUUCAUUCUUUUAUUUUCUUCAGGAUACCAAAUGUGCCAUUCAGUGUGCCUCUCCUUUGUGUCUCACUACCUGGUCAACCCCCUCCAUUUCCAGCCAUACAUGUCUUCCAUAUUAUUGGUUAUGCUAUUUCUCUAAUGUAAAUCAUGAUUGGCAACAUGCUGCUACUGUGAGUUUAUUACUUUUUGAGUCAUUUAUAAUUUGGAAUCUAAUUAGAUCAUGGUGUUCCAUAAUUUGAAGCCACAUAGUGUCUGGAAUAUUGGUUUUUCAAGAGAUGAAUGUUUGCAAUGGGAAGCAGUUGGGGUUUAUUGAAAGCAAUGUGCAGUUUCUCAAAUGUAUUCCAGUCCAGUGAGAUGCCCUCCUGCUACUUAAACGUACACAUACAUACACAUAAAUGUAUUAUGUAUAUAUUCAUAUCUCUGUGUGUGGGGGUGUGUGCAUAUAUAUACAUAUAUAUAUUUCUCUCUCUCUCUCUCUCUCUCUCUCUCUCUUCUGUCUCUAGACACACACAAAUAAAACAACUUGGACU